GGCUACUGGUUGUUAUUGUCCACGUCCGCUCGUGGGAUACCAGUUUUAGGACUACAUAUUUCUUUCAUAUGCAGGAUUGUGCUGCAUCACCACAUUUGGAUUUACACAAAUAUUUUGGUCACUUUUCUAGUUCAGAUGCUGCCUUGGAGCUUUUUCAAGGCUAAAUUAAGCUGGAGUUUGACUGGAUCUACAAAAAUGAAAGACGGCUGCUUCUCAAGGGAUGGAGCUACAAACAUUAAAGGAGCUGGACAUACAUCCUCCUUUGAUCAGAUCGUAGAGGACCAACAACAGCAAAAUAAAUCGAUGGAAGAGAAAAACGACGAACAAAAGCAGUUACCAAAGAAAAAACCUUACAUCGCCUUCUUGAUCGACCGGCCAUUUAACGCUACUGUAACUAAGGAUGAAGAAGAAACGACUUUAAAUCUAAUGAACUGUUUGCGCUAUCGUCUCAACUUGGGAUUGCAUUCGAAAGGAAUCGGACAGAAGAGCGAAGACGACGACGCUGAAUUAGAAGCUCUGAUCGCGUUAAGCCUAGGUUCAUCAUCUUCACGUUCUUUGCUAACUUCAGGAACCAAGGAAAGUCCUCCUACCAACAAGAAAAGCUUGUACGAUACCUUGCUGGAGCUCGUGGAUGAAUUCGAUGCAGCCGGCGUAGCUGAGAUUUUCCGACUGUUGCUGGAACGAAGAACUGCAAUUCCGUUAUUCGUGCCCGAUUCAAAAACGCAUUUCUUGAACCUGAUGAGGCACGUCACCUUGCCUGGAAUCGACAACAUCCGUUUGGGCGAAGACAAGUCGUUGAUGCGCGUUGCCGUCGUCUCUUGCCGUCAGAGAAAUCAGAGCCAAGCAAGUGAGAUCCUGAAGAGCCUCUUCAACAUUGAUAGUAUCCAUUUUCAAGAUUUGUCAACUGGCAGUGCCUCUUCCAAGUCCUUUUUGGCCGAAAUCGGGUCUGGCUGCGUUCUGACCGGAGAAUCUGGCCCUGAAAAGGUGAAAAACGUUUUAGUCACUCACGUAAUCGGGGACUUUAAACCACUUUGGCCAUUUUUGCGACUUUAUUCCGACUACUUAUUGAUUGAAGACUCUUCUGUGGAGGUUGAAAGUUUUUGUGCUUCCACGCUGACGUCUGGCGAGCACAUUUCUCAUCCUGAAUCGAAUGCGUUUCCUUUUAUCUGCGUUUGGAAGCCGUCGGUAGGUGAGACACGCUACGAAAUCAAAGAAUUGAAUGGACUUCGUCAGUUAUGCAUAGACGGUCAGUUAGCAGGCAAAACUAUCGGCAUCUUCAAAUCGAGCGUCGUUGCAGUUAUAAAAAAAAUGAAUGCGGCAGAUCAAUCCCAAGUUGAGUCCCAAGAACGUCUGAGGUUAUUCCAAAUUCCUCUUUUGAUGGAUGAAGGAUACCAUGCUUUGGAGUGUGUCUCUCCAAUAGAAAUCAAGUCACGAAUUUUUAAAUCUGUUCAGAACUUGAGAGACGUGAAGACCAAGGAAUUUCUCCUCCAGAAAAACUACAUGGAGCAAGCUAAGCACGAAGAGACUAAGAUGGAGUUCCGUCUAAAUGAAGAAAAGGUGCGCGAGGAAGAUGCAAAAAUUAAGAAAUGUCGGGAAGUGCGUCGAGCCGAAAGCCAUCGCGUUGAAAAACAUCCGCUACUACAACUAUUCCUCAGUUUUCUCUUAGAAGGAGAUCCUGGUUCUCGCGUUCUGUCAAUUCGCAUGUUGGAAAAAGAAUUGGUUGGACGUUGCGAGCGGACAAUUGGACCUCAACUGCAAGAAAUCCGCAAGUUAAAUUCUGCGUACGUUAAUAAAUUGGCGAGUGGAGAGGGAAGUAAUGUUGCUUCUGGGAAAAAAGAUCUGGGUGUGACCAGAGAACAACUUUUUUUAGCCAAGGCCCAACUGCGUGAUGGUGUACUCAAUGUAGAACAUUUGUGGAGGGAGCUGAGCCAUUUAUUCACUGACAUGGAACCAAAAAGUCGUUCAUCAAUUGUUGAGAAAAUUCCUUGUCUAGCUGCCCAGCAUUUACUGGACGGCUUCUGUCUGGAGCUGCUCGACGGGGAUUCCAACAUGAUACACCUCGAAUGGAUUACCGAAGUUUUACGAGAACUCGGAUUGCUGAUCGGAAAAUUGAAACGCAUUUUCGUUUUAUCUGUCAUUGGUAUGCAGAGCAGCGGUAAAUCAACUUUGCUGAACACCAUGUUUGGCAUCCAAAUGAGGACCAGCGUCGGACAGUGCACCCGAGGAGUCAACAUGCAGCUGGUGCCUGUUGAAGGCCGUGCGGAGUACGACUACAUUUUGUUGCUGGACACGGAAGGCACAAGAGCUCCGGAGUAUCACGGUAUGCCCGACAGUGAAAAACGAGACAACCAGAUGGCCACGCUUAGUAUUUUACUUGCGGACGCCACAAUCGUCAUUACACCGGGAGAGAAUGACGCUGCGAUUAAAGAAAUUCUGCCGGUUGUUUUGAUGGCCUAUCAGGGAUCCAAACUGGCCGAGGACAAUGGCGGUCGACUUAGCUCCAAGGUAUUUUUCGUUUACAACAGAAUCGACACCAGUCAGAAGAACAAAUUGAGCAGCAUCAUCCAGUCACUUGGGACAUCACUUCAGGAAGCUUUUAGCCAAGUUCAGAACUUAGCCGGAGACUCCGCAUUACUGAAAUCAGAAGCGAGACCUUUUGGAAAUCUUGACGUGUCGAACCCAAACUCGUCUGAGAGUGACGUUUGUAUUUUAGGAAAUGUGAAGAAAGAAUACGAACCUCCGGGUGACAUACCGGAUUCUGCCUAUGGUGAAACGCUUGUCAAGUUUCGUGAGCACAUCCACCGACGGGUGACCAGCGUCGUGCAAGAUGGAACAACCUGGAAGAGUAGGUCGAUUGAAGAAUUUUCGAAUUACAUUACGGAAGUGUGGAAGUGCAUUUGCUCAGCCAAUUUCACUUUGAAUUUCGCCUCGGUGGUGGAGCGCAUCACAUUCGAUAAAUUGGAUUUUGAGUACAAGAAAGUGGAACAAGAAUUGGUAGAAGCCUACCUGGAAUCCUUUGCAGGUCUCAAGAGGAAAAUGAUUGAAGAAAAAGGCGAAAUUAUUAGCUCCGGUUCGACGGCCUUGAUGGAUGUUGUUAGCAAUGAAAAUCUCUUUUCAAAAUUCGAAGCCAAGUUACGCGAAGAAAUUUUUCCUGCUGAACAAAACUUAGACAACAAAAUGAAAGAGAUGGUUAUGAAAAGAGGACGGGAGAAGUGGAGUCUGCAAUUUCAAAGGCAAUGGGAAACAAACAAGAGAGACCAAGCUCGUAACUGGGCAUUUAGAUUGAAAACCAGCUUCGUUUUGCUGUUUAACUACGAGCAUCACGUGGAAAAUUACAAGAAGAAAAUGCGCAAAGAAAUUAAUAACCUCUUCAGUAACUCUUCAACGAACUUCAGUAAUUUCGAGUGGACUGGUGGCGAAAAGACUACAAAGUUUGAAGAAUUGUACAACAACAUGUUGUUUGAAGUUUACCAGCAGUUUCCCCCAAAAGAUAUGAGAGCAGAAGUCUUAAACGUUUAUCAAAACAGUAGCGUCAUCAAGAAUAGGAAGAUUGAUAUGCUGGUAUCUGAUGAAGAUUCGUCGCUGCUUUCAAUACGAAAGCAGGAAUAUUUUUGGAGAAAGAAUCGAAAUGCCGUAGAAAAAUGCCUGAAAUCUGUUGAAUCGAUUAUCAACUCCAUUGCCGCAAGCCAACAGUGCUAUGAUGACAGUAUCAUUUCUAAUUUUAUCUAUGAUGUCGAUGCAAGUAUUACCUUCCAUGAGGUUUCUACUAACUCUGAAGUUCGAAAGAUUCACAUCUACGGUCAAAACUUGAUAAUCGCAUCGAUGGAGAUUAUCGGAAGAGAGUGGGAGGCAGAAAAUUCGGUGCUAUCUAAACUCAAACGCAACAAGGAGGCCAUGCGUGAGUACUUCAUGAUGGUUUCACAGGGAGCCGAAAAAAUCAAACUGUUUUCGGCCACCAUGACAAAUGCCUUGAAGAGCGUCCUUAUAUCAGCAUUCGAAACAGAAAUGAUCCAGAAAGCGUUCAACAUCAUUCGUGAUCAACGGUGGCUAUUUGACGCCAGAUUCAUGAACAAGCACAUAGAUCUCCAAUUGAUCGAGUUGCUGGAUGAGCAGAAAGUUCUUGAAGUUCUCUGUUGCAUAAAGAGUCCGCAAACCUUGUAUGCAAAUGUGUUACACCGGCUAAUUGCUCAAAAUUUUACCAACGUCGAAAAGGAAUGGCACGACUUCACAAUUUGUUUAAAGCAAGCCAUUAAAAAAGCGGCUUUAGCAACGACGGAAGUCGAGAGUGGUAAAGCCCAGAAUUUCGUCAACCAACUGCGGAAUGAAUUUUUAAAAGGUGGCCUGCAGAAUGAACUUCUAGCCUCAGCGUUCUUAAUCAAUUUAAGCGGCGAAUAUGAGGACUGCGAAAAUGAAGAGAAUGGCGAAUUUCAAGAUGUCUGCACGAACAAAAUGCUUGAAGCGCUCGACAAUCAAGAACCUUUGAAAAAUCAAGAAGAAUUCGUAAAAGAACUGAGCCCCAAAGUCGUUCAAUAUAUGAAAAUCCGGAACGAUCCCGUUGCCCUACCGCGUUGUGAUGCUUACUGUCGCCUGUGUAGUAGUUUGUGCAUCGAGGCGGCUAAUCACGAAACCAGUCUCACACCGCACGACGCCAUUCACCAACCGGCAGGCAUAGCUGGAUUCACAAAUGUUAUCGAUUCGACCUUGCUUUCGAAAACUUGCAGUGAUUGCCACCAAAAUAAUUGGAGAUUUCGCCUAUCUGAGAUCAGUGCAUGGCAUGACUUCUCAGACUACGGUAAAGUCUUUCCCGGAUGGAGAGUUCCUCGAAUCAAUGAAGAAUCACCACUCCGUGAAUACAUUUUCGCUGCGUACAACGAAGAAAUCGCUGAAAAAUACAAGAAGAAGCCCUGUCCCGAUGUCCCUGCCAAAUAUUUCCGGGAUUUGUCUACCAUCCGGGAACAGUUGAAAAGAGAUAUCGAUGGAAUUUAGAAAGUAAGAUCAUCUUUAUGUGUCCUGCGCUUGAAACAAAAGAUCUGUUUAUUCUAAUUCUUCAGUGAGGAAAAAUUUCUCUGGUACGGUAGUACGCUAUUCUGGCCAUCAUGAGUAACACAGAAUUAUUUUGCUUUUGAAUUCAAUUAUUCUUAUGUAGUUUGCCUGAAACCAUUUUCUUUUUAUUUGAUUUGCCAUGGUUGAAAGAUUGAUCAACAAAAGGAGAUUUCUUUCUAAGGACUGACCUUUAGAGGAAAGUUCAACACACACAGUUACAUUGUUGAUUGUUUUCGUUCAUCCUUUAAACAAAGCACGUUCAUUACAAAAAUGUUGCCUAAACAAGUUAUCUUUCGUCCCAUGCCCGCUCUUCCUUUGGCAACCCUGAAACUGGAUUGGUUAAACACUUAAUAAAACAGAUUUCUUUCGUCAAA